AUGGAACCCAAUAUUUUGGAGUGUAUACUUGAUGGAAGAUUGAAACCGACAGAUCUGCCAUUAGGACUUCUGGAGAACAUCACAGCGAAUUUCUCUGAAGACCGACUAAUUGGCUACGGUGGAUUCGGGGCAGUUUAUAAGGGCGUUCUUCCAAAGGGAAAUGUUGUUGUGAAGAGGAUUGAGAACAACUUAAUCGAAGAGAAGGUAUUUCGUCGUGAAAUUGGCAGCCUAUUGAAUACAAGCCAUCAAAAUAUAGAACGCAUUCUUGGCUUCUGUGCUACCACAGAACAUAAAGUGAUAGAAGCUGAAGUAUCAGGAGAUUACAUUUAUGCUGAGAUGAGAAAGAGAUUACUCUGUUUUGAGUACAUGAGCAAUGGAAGCCUACAAAAAUAUAUCACUGAUGAACUAAGGGGACUUGAAUGGAAUACACGUUACCAAAUUAUAAGGGGAAUCUGCGAAGGGUUACAUUAUCUGCAUAAGGAAAAGUCUAUAUGUCAUUUGGAUCUGAAGCCGACCAACAUACUACUAGAUAAUCAUAUGGUGCCCAAAAUUAAGAACUUUGGCCUGUCAAGACUCGAUGUAACACGUACCAUGGUUAUAGGCCAUUUUGGAUCACUAGGAUAUUGUGCUCCGGAAUACCUAGAUCAUGGCAUGGUGUCAUUCAAAUCAGAUAUGUUUAGUUUGGGCAUUAUAAUCACCGAACUAGUGACGGGAGUGAAGGGUAUCCCUGAUAGUAUUAACAAAGUACUUAGAAGAUGGAGGCAUAGAUGGAACAAAUCAGGGAAUGAAACACCAUUGGCUUACCAACAAGUAGCAAAAUGCAUGGAAAUUGGGUUACUCUGCCGGGAAAUUGACCCAUCAAAACGGCCAUCUAUAUCGGAUCUGAUACAUGAUAUAAGAGAAAUGGAAGGUGUUGACGGGACAAUCAGCACUGCCUAUGAAUAUACGUCUGAGGAGUUAAGCCCUUACUCGGAUGAUCAAAUGCUUGGUAUUGAGCCGCUUGAGCUGCACUUUCCUUUUGAGCUUAACAAGCACAUAUUAUGUUCAUUUGAGUUAACCAAUAAGAGGGGUGCAUACAUUGCCUUCAACAUCCGAAAUACGAGCUCCCUGAAAUUCUUCAUAGAGCCUAACAAAGGCAUUAUGCCGCCACAAUCCAAGUGUAGUGUCGAGAUAGUAUUGCGAGCUCAGGAGAAGGCACCCCAAUAUAUGCAACAAGCCUACGCAUUCAUCUUGCAGAGCACCAAAGUAGAAGAUGGACUUGAAGCUGAGGAUAUAACCGCAUACAUGUUCAAAGAAACGUUACACAACGUGGUUGACGAGGUUAAUUUGGAUGUUGUAUUUGACGCAAAAGAACUGCAAAGUGAGCUUCUUGACGCCCAUAAGCUCGAGAUCUCCUGCCCCUUUGAACUCAACAAUAAGAUCCCAAUUGUUCUUACACUAGAACAUUUGAAAACCAUCACAGAUAAUUUCUCCACCAAGUUAGAACUCGGGAGGGGUGGGUACGGAGUGGUUUACAAGGGAGUUUAUCCACGUGGAGGAAUUGUUGCUGUGAAGAAGCUAUUUGCUAUACAUCUAGUGAAAGAUGACCAAUUCCGGGAUGAGGUCAGUCAUCUUACGGGGAUCAAGCACAGAAAUGUUGUACAAACCUUAGGCUACUGCGCUGAAACAAGUUAUGACCUGAUACCACAACCAACGGGGAGACCUAUUUGGGCUGAAACGCCGAAAAGGUUGAUCUGCUUCGAGUAUGUGCCCAACAAAAGCCUUGACAAGUAUAUAUCUGAUGAAUGUCUGGGCCUUGAAUGGAACUUGCGAUACGAGAUAAUCAAAGGAAUUUGCCAAGGUUUGCAUUUUCUUCACGAGGAAUGCCAUAUGGUUCAUCUAGACCUUAAACCAGAAAACAUAUUGAUGGACGCUGCUAUGGUACCAAAGAUUGCAGACUUUGGUUUGUCAAAGAUCUUUGGGGACCAGCAAUCACGCUUAAUUAUCCCUGACAAAUCUCGUGCAGGGUCAGCCGGAUAUAUGGCACCAGAGUACGUACUACACGGCAUAGCCUCCAUCAGAGCAGAUAUCUUCAGCUUAGGUGUUAUAAUCAUACAAAUAGUCACAGGUCAUAAGGAAUAUCCUCUUAGUAGUGCAUAUUUCAAGCUCUUCAAUGACAACCAUUGUCCCCAAAGUACUGAAACUUCUUUCCAGGAUUACACAGAGAGAGUGGUUGGAAGUUGGGGGAAGAAAUUUGCAUCCACGCCUAAGUAUAAAGCGAUGGAGAAAUAUACCAAACAAGUAAAACAGUGCAUUGACAUAGCCCUCAAUUGCGUUGACACUGACGUGUCGAACAGACCUACUGCAAAAGAUAUAAUCCGAGUGCUUAUUGGAGUAGACCAGAACGUCCAUUCUGAUGACGAACAGCUGAGGCGGUAA